CAUCCUGUCGAAAAUCCGAUCCCACCAAAAUUGGGUAAAGAGAGGGUAGUGUUCUUGUUCAGAUCACAGCAGAAUCCCUUGUUCACAUGGAGAUAGAGGAUAUUGAAAUUUUAUUUUUUAUUUUUAAAAAAGGGGGAAAAGCGUAGCCCCGUGUCGCUGGGGCAGAUACAGAAAAACUCUCGGCGUUCAGAGUCACAGAAUCCAUAUGAAUUCCCCUCACGAAAUAUAGCAGUAAUAAGAUUUGGCUAACUUUCUGCCGCCGCCCUAGAAUGGAAGAGUUCCAGAUCCAGCAUCCAUUCUCUCUUCCGCCGCCGCCGGACCCCCCAAUUCCUACGACGCCGUCAACUCGUUGCGAUUCAGUUCCUCCGCCGUCAUCAUCUCAGGACGAACCUCCCCCACCGCGGGGUCCUUCCUUUGAUCCGAGCCGAAUGAUUGGUGUUAUCAGAAGGAAGGCCCUGAUCAAAGACUUGGCUGCUGUCUAUCAUGCUGAAUGUCUCAGGCACUGCCAAGAACUUUUGGAACUUCAGAAAAAGAUGGAUGAGCCAUUUGUAGAUAUAAAAAUUCCUGAGGAGCCAAGGAAGGAAACCCACAGACCCCCAAAACGUCAGAAGAAGAACCGUUAGCAUUCUUGAUUUUCUUGUUUGCUACAUUCUUGGCAAGGUGCAUUGAUGGAAGAAGUUGAUUCUACCAUGAUAAUUAGGCAGGCAAAAGGGCUAUCAAAUCUGCUUAGUUGCAUGCACAUGAUGUUGUUACAUCUACGAUCCGUCUUCCAUGUAAUGUUACUUUUCAAAAUUCAGCUAACAUUGCAAAUUUAUGUACAUAUGAGGCUAAGGAUAUCAUAUGAUCCAAUGAAGUUUAAAUUUCUUCA